CUGUUGAAAAAAAAUCAUGAUUCUAGUUUUAACACGUUUUAUCAAUAAAAUGGUUAAAUCACGUCUUUCUACAUGUUUAUUUCAAUGUUAUGACACAAUGAAAUUCGAUAGUGUUUUCAUUCUCAAUCUUUUUCAAAAUUAAAUGGGAAAAUUUUGGUGAUAAUGAUUGAGUUUUUGAGUAUUUUGAAUGUUGAUAUUGGCAUUUGAAUUCGAAGACAAGCAAUAAUGUUGAAAAAGUAGACCUAGACCAAGAACUCGAAUAAUAUUAGUCCGACAUUUUCCAUAUUGGUUGCUAUUGGCACGUGCAACAAAAACAGCUUUCUUUCACGUUGGUUUAAACCUUUUCUUAUUAGUAGGCAUACAACAUUUAGCUUCAGUUUUUAUAAAAAGAGCUUUAAGCCUUACUAAUUGUAACUUAAAAAGUUUCUAAAUUUUCUGUUGCAUCAGACUUUGUUUGUAAAACUCUUACCUUUUGAUAGCAAAAAUUUCUGAGGAAAAUUGUCUUGUUUUACAAUUGACUACGCUUUCGUUUAUGUGAAGUGACAACACUCGACAUAAUCCAACAACCUAAAGAUAAGUUUAUUUCUUCUGUUUAGAAACACAUUUGAAAGCUAACCAAAUCACUAACCAUAUCACAAAAAUUCUGUAAGUUCGAAGGAUAGAUCUCAAAACGUGCACAAAGUUACGGCCCAUCUUUAAAAAUAAUGCACGUAUCUUAAUCCAAUUAAAGCAAAUUAAUGUAAACGUACACACUUGAGGCAUGGGUUCCAUACAGCCCCACCUUAGUCCUUCACCUUUGAAUGGAGGAGUUACACUUUAGACCCAAAAUCUGCGUUGAUAAGUUUUUUUAAUCUAAAAUAGAUGUUGUACCUGCAGAUGUGUGUAGAAAUCAUCGAUUACGAGUUAUAUCCCAAAACGUAUUUGUAUUUCAACGGCAAUAAUUUUUCUUUAAAUAUAAAAAAAGGAAGAAACCGAUAAUGUCAAUCAUAAUACACUGUGUUAUGUGUAAAAAUAUGUACUGUAUGCUAUUUGAUGUGUGAUAUUUGUUAACUCUAAUCUGAAAGCAAACUAGCAUAAAAAAAUUACCUAAAAAAAUACAAAAACCCAUAAACUCAAAAAUUUCAACAGAAAAAAUAAGACGUAGUGUGCUGUUAUUUAUAUUCUCAUAAAAUCAUGUGUUAUUUGUCAUUAAUAUUCAUGAUAAAUUGUUUAACUAUUCUAGUUUUAUUGAAUGAUUAUGUUAAUUCCUAUGAUGAUAAACGGGCAGCAAUGUCACAAUCAUCAUUCAGUAAACAAGAACAAUUACAAUCAUGUACGUGUCGAAAUCAUUUAAAUCAAACAGUUGACUGGUUUAUUAUUUACAAAUUACCACGUUUAAAUACAUCAGAAAAUUUAAAUAUAAAAAAUGGUACUGGUUAUAUGUAUUUAGAUAGUUCAUCACAAAUAAGUGAAUGGCAUUUAUCACCACAUAGUAUAAAAACAAAUUUAUCUAUGGCUGCUAUAACGUUAAAUUCAUUAUAUGAAAAUACAGCAUCAUCAUAUAUUUAUUAUAGUGAUCAACCACCAAAUCAGAAUUUUUCAUUAACAUUUGGACAUACUAAAGGUGUUUUAGCAUUUGAUUAUACUGCACUGAAUCAGUAG